CAAAUCAGAGCGUAAGGCCUGGCCUGUCGUUUCUGACGUUUUGUCUCGCUCUGUGGGUAAGAGAUGUGUAAAUGGGUUGAAAUCCAGGCUCUUCGCCACCCUGUUGCCCAUGAUGCGGCUUCACUUUUCACCUAGCGCAGUGUUCUUGUUCAACAUUUGAUCCUCCGGCAGCUGGCACCUUGAGGACUCUGAAGUUAUGCCCUCGGUUCAAAACGAAGAUGAUGCUCAGAGCAGGCGAUAUUCGAGCUCACCAGAGCCAGAUAAAUCAGCCUUCAAGGCUCGAAUGCAACAAUUUCAGUAUUCUCCCACGGUAGAAACUCACAGCCCACGGCGAUCGAAUCGAUUCCUGAACAGAUCCUCGCCCGGCAACACUUCCAGUCCCGCGGGCAGUCCACGAAAGAAACGAUCUCGGCCAACAGAAUCGUUUGCGGACGGCAUCAUUGACCGGGGAGAUGCUUUGUGUUUUGAUUCGUCGGUUGUGAACCGAGAUAGCACUACGUCGAGACAAAAAAAGAGGAGGAGUACAACGAAACAGCGUUCUGCAAAGGACCCUUAUAGCCCAGCCAACCGCCUGGUGGACAGCCUGCGGCCUGGGUUGACGUUGGUUUGCAUAGGCCUCAAUCCGGGGUUGAUGACCGCCGCCACAGGACACGCCUAUGCACAUCCUUCCAAUCGAUUCUGGCAUCUGCUCCAUAACAGCGGAAUAACCCCUAGGAAGCAUAUUCCGGCUGACACUCGAGACCUGAUGGAUCUGUAUCAGAUUGGCAACACGAAUAUAUGCGAGCGGCCCACGAGGAGCGGAGAUGGUCUAAGCAAACAAGAGUUGGAAGAAGGCGCUUUCAUCCUCGAUCAAAAGAUUUCAAAGUUCAAGCCAGAAGCUGUCGUUAUCGUAGGCAAAGGCAUCUGGGAAGCGAUCUGGAUGGCGAAAAAGGGGAAAAAGAAAUUCCAUGACCCAGACUUUCAUUGGGGAUGGCAAGACGAGGAAAUGCAGCUUGGUAGAGAAGUAGAGCAUGAUGGGAAAGUUGUUUGGUCUGGAGCAAAGACGUUUGUGGCCACGUCUACCAGCGGGCUUGCGGCGACCCUCAGGCCAGCUGAGAAGCUUGCUAUAUGGAAACCCUUGGGUGACUGGAUGACUAUGAUGAGAGAAAAGCCCUGAGCUUGUGACAUGUUGGGCUGAGGCAUGUAGAACAUUGGGUAUAGCAUACGAGUAUGUGGAAAAACUCCAACGAACGUUCAGCCUCGCCCGAAUGCCAAGACUUGAUAUAGACUGUC